CCUGCUCUCCUGCAGCCUGGGUGCCUGUGUAUGUGUGUGUGUGCGUGUGUGGUUUCUCUCUCCCUGUAAGAUCACAGCCGGCAGCCUGUCUCCUGCUGGUGCUGCUGCUCUGACUAGUUCUGCUGCCUCUUCUCUCUCCUUUCUCUUUCUGCUUAGCGCCUUGCCUUCUGACACCACUCCCAGUAUGGAGACUAACCAGUCUGUACAGCUGUCGGGGGAACCACAGUCAACACCUGCAGGGGACAGUUCAGCAUUACCCAGGCAAAACAGCCCGGAGAAGCAAGGUAAUCAGGAAUCCCCAACCCCACUGCAAGCGCCGGAGGAGGAGGCAGGUGCACAGCCUGAACCAGGAGCUCAUGAUGUCUCUGAGGAGUUGAACCGACAGCUGGAAGACAUCAUCAACACCUACGGGUCUGCUGCCAGCACAGUAGGGAAGGAAGGCCCCACCAAGGCCAAGGAGCAGCCCGAGAACACAGAACCGCCCGACAAUGAGGAUGGGGACUGCGAGGAGCCCACCGAAGACAAUGAGAGAGAACCUGCAGCUUCUGGAGAGCCACCCACAGCCAAAGAGCCUGUCAGCAAUAAAGAGCAAAAGUUGGAAAAGAAAAUUCUAAAAGGAUUAGGCAAAGAAGCCAACCUGCUAAUGCAAAAUCUGAACAAGUUGCAAACACCUGAGGAAAAGCUUGAUUUUUUAUUCAAGAAGUAUGCUGAAUUGCUGGAUGAACAUCGCACUGAGCAAAAGAAGUUAAAACUCCUACAAAAGAAACAGGUACAGAUCCAAAAGGAAAAGGACCAGUUACAAAGUGAGCACAGCAGGGCUGUCCUCGCUCGAAGCAAACUGGAGAGCCUGUGCCGGGAGCUGCAGAGACACAACAAGACACUGAAGGAAGAAACACUUCAGCGGGCACGUGAGGAAGAAGAGAAAAGGAAGGAGAUUACGAGUCAUUUCCAGAGUACCCUGACAGACAUCCAGGCCCAGAUUGAGCAGCAGAGUGAGCGCAAUAUGAAGCUGUGUCAGGAGAACACAGAGCUUGCAGAGAAACUGAAAAGCAUCAUUGAUCAGUAUGAGCUCAGAGAGGAGCAUCUGGACAAAAUAUUUAAACACAGAGAGCUGCAGCAGAAGCUGGUGGAUGCAAAACUCGAGCAGGCACAAGAAAUGAUGAAGGAAGCAGAGGAGCAACACAAGCGCGAAAAGGAAUAUUUGCUGAACCAGGCAGCAGAGUGGAAACUUCAGGCCAAAGUGUUGAAGGAACAGGAGACAGUCCUGCAGGCUCAGCUUACUCUCUAUGCUGGAAGGUUUGAAGAGUUUCAGAGCACACUGACAAAAAGCAAUGAGGUGUUUGCCACUUUCAAACAGGAAAUGGAUAAAACAACCAAGAAAAUGAAGAAACUGGAAAAGGACACAGCCACGUGGAAAGCCCGGUUUGAGAACUGUAACAAAGCUCUGCUGGACAUGAUUGAAGAGAAAGCACUGAGAGCUAAAGAAUAUGAGUGCUUCGUGAUGAAAAUUGGAAGGCUAGAGAACCUCUGUCGAGCUUUACAAGAAGAAAGAAACGAACUCUACAAAAAAAUUAGAGAAGCAAAAAUGCCUGAAAAAUGUGACCAAGGCCAGCACACCUCCGACGACGAGCCAGAGGCAAAUUUGGCUGUGGGUGAAGAGGCCGAUGAGGAUGAAGCCGACAGAGUUCAUGACGCUGUGAAAAACCUGGCCGCGGCCUUCAUGGUACUUCACUGUCCAGAGUCCACCCUAGGCCCGUCCAGAGAAAUCCAGCCAGAAGUCAGCAGUCCUCCGGGGGGUGGCAACACGGCCCUCGAGGAGCCAGAACAACCUGCUCUGAGCCCCUCAUGCCAUUCAGAGAGUCCCUUGCCUCCCCCAAGUCCUCAGGCCGAGGCCAAGGGAGGUAAUGAGGCAGAACCUCCCCUUGGAGCCAGGAAUCCCCUUGCAGUGUCAGGAGCAGAGGCCCAAAGCGCUGGCCUCCCUUCUGGAGCAUGGGCUGAUCAGCAGCCCCAGAAGCCAGAGGCAGCAGCAUCGGGUCAGGCCCCAGAGCCCCCGGCCCAGGCCUCCCUGCAGGCGAUGGAACCCGCAGCAGGUGAGCACAGGCCGGCUGGGCAGGCCGGGCGUGAGCCCGGGGGGCAGCCCCCACCAGCAGCAGCAGCAGCACAGGGGCUGCCAGGAGGGGCCGCGGCUGGGCCCCAGCUGCCUGAAGUGGCCGGCACCAACCUGGAAGGGGUGGACUGAGCCCCCUUGUGCCUUCGGAGGCUGUUCUUCCUGACUUUCCAUCUUGCUGGAAACAGACUGUCUUCCGAAAGCGGCAUUAAGGGCUAGGGACGUCUAAUGGAAGAGACUUAAUUAGAAUCAAGACACUUUUAAACGUUACGCAGAGUACAUUCAGCUUUUGCUGUGUUCUCAGUUUAUAACUGAUUUGGAGCUUUUCUAUUUUACACUUGUUGAUAGUAUAAUUUUCCCAAAUGGCAACAAAACAUACAAGUAGCAAAUUUAUAUUAAUUUGUAAUUAAGAUG